ACACCAGAACGACCCGGAAGAAGAAGUUAGUGCAAAAUGUGAUAUCACCGAGAGACAGAGGUUAGAAUUUCUCUCUCACAACCAUCUUGGAUAUAGAAAACUGACUCGACACAAGCAUGCCUGGCGAAGCCACAGAGACGGUCCCGGUCACUGAGCAGGAGAUGCAACAGCCACAAGUUGAGACUGCUCCAGGGGUGUUGAGUUCCUCUGCUCCCCUUGGGAUCGCUGUGACCAAGGCCCCUUUGGAGAGUCCUGUGCCUCCAGAAGGCUCCACUUUUCUUCCAGAGAUCGAAUCCCAUCCAGUGUCAGGCAUGGCUUCUGGAGAGGCAGCUAGUGGACAACUUAAUGGUGUAAAAGCAACACUUGAAGUCAAUGCGCAAACUGAGGUGCCAGGAGUCACAGAGAAAGCAGUGAUCCAAGAAUCUGUCUCUCCAGUUGAGGCUGCUGCAUCUGCCUCAGAAGAAACGCCUGUUCAAGAACCAACGGCUCUUUCUGAUGAACCUGAUGCCUCAAAUGAAGAACCAACUGUUCAAGACCCAGAAGCUGCUGCCAAAGAACCCAUUGUGCAAGCAACCGUUGUUGAAGAGUGUAAAGAAGCUGCUGAAGAACAGGUCAACCAAGCAACGGAAGAUGUAAUCAUUCAAGAUUCAGCUCAAGUUACAGAGGCUACCGUGGCAGCCACUCAAGAGACCGUGGCUGAGGAACCUGUGGCUGAAGCUGAAGAGCCCAUUGAAGUGGCUGAAGAGACUCCGGUCAAAGAACCAGUGCCUGCUGCUGAAGAGCCAAUCGCUGAUGCUGUUGACGGGCCAAUCGCAGACACUGUUGAUGGGGUGGCACGUGGAACUCCAGAAGUCACCCCCGAGCCUGCAGUCGAGACGAUCACUGAAGACUUGAAGACUGUGAGUUUGGAGCCAGCUCCUGAAGAUGGCAUACCAUGCACUGAAGUGGCCAACUCGAACCCUGGGGCCACAGAACCUGAACCUCUGCCUGCUGAUUUGACCAUAGACACUGCCACACAAAACGAAACUCCCGUUGAGAAAGAAGCAAUUGCGGCCUUCUCUGAGGCCGUCCAGACAAAGGUGACGUCAAAUCGUGCAGGCCCGACCAUCUCCACCCGGCACCUGUCAGGGUCUGGCACUGAAUCGGACAGUGAUGACUCUGUACCAGAUCUGGAGGAACACGACUCUGCACAGACACAGCAAGCCCAGCUUGCAGCUGCUGCAGAAAUAGAUGAAGAACCCGUUAGCAAAGCCAAACAGAGCCGUAGUGAAAAGAAGGCACGAAAGGCAAUGUCUAAGCUGGGUCUCAGGCAGGUGACUGGGGUCACCAGGGUUACCAUUCGCAAGUCUAAAAAUAUCCUGUUCGUCAUCACCAAACCAGAUGUCUACAAGAGCCCUGCGUCAGACACUUACAUUGUCUUUGGUGAGGCUAAGAUCGAGGAUCUCUCACAGCAAGCCCAGCUGGCCGCGGCAGAGAAGUUCAAGGUACAGGGAGAAGCCGUGUCGAACGUCCAGGAAAACACGCAGACGCCCACUGUACAGGAGGAAAGCGAAGAGGAAGAGGUUGACGAGACCGGGGUCGAGGUGAAGGACAUUGAGCUUGUGAUGUCCCAAGCCAACGUGUCGCGAGCGAAGGCUGUACGCGCCCUUAAAAACAACAACAAUGACAUUGUCAAUGCUAUUAUGGAAUUGACGAUGUAGGCUGCUGGUCGAAGGGGUUCUGAAAGGUUGCUGAUUUUAAUCUACUAUUGUUUGUACAAUUUAUACCCGAGAUGGAAAUAAAGUUGUGGCUUGGUAAAUUGAA